AUGGCUGUAUUAGCGGUGGAAAAAUAUCACGCGUUAUUGAAGUAUUAUAGAACCGGACUGCGCUUAAGAGAAGACAACGUAAAGAAGGCGAUCGCUUGCAUUUGGGAGCCAAGCGUUCUUAUAUGCCUCCCAGCAACCGUUCCUUAAAGAAUGGAGCGAAACUUAUAAGACCUGUAUUGAUACCUACAUUCUGUACUUAAAUCAAGCUAGCAUUAGAUGCAGUUGCAUGGUUUGUUCAACUGUCGAUCAUAAUAUACUGCUAUGGAUCCUUGACAAGGGGACUUUAUUUCAGCAAAACAGUGUGUCGAGACACAGAUGGAGAAAGGAGAUCUGAGAAGAAGAAACUUGUUAUCACGUUCAUAUUGGUAACUUUUGGAUUUUUUAUGGGUUAGACACCAACCCUAGUUUCUUACGUGAUCAUUCCAUCAGGAGAUGGAACAACAGACGUUAGUUUUUACGCUCAACUUACGACUGUGGCUGAUUUUGUAUUCGUUGUAAGUUUAUGUUUCAACCCUUUUAUCUACGCUUUUCGCAGCACUAAUUUUAAAGAACGGUUCAAACGAGUAAUUUUAUGUAGAAAUCCCUAA